CGAAUUUGCUGAAAUUGCAAUAAACAAAGUGAGGAGUACGAAAGCAAAAACAAUUGUUGAUGGAAUUUUGGAAAAAUGGCCACUGUUGAUGAUGAAAAUAUUAAAAAAUUACAAAACUAUAUACUCUCACCAGAGUUAUCAAUACACGAUCCGCUGCCGGAUAUAAUACCUCGAAAAUUCAAUGAAAUGCGUUUGUUGAAUUUGCCGCGAGGACCGGCGAGCACAAAAUUGGUACCCAAACGAGAUUUGAUUACCGGUCAAAUUAGCGCAUUUGUUGAAGUAGAUUUGGAAGAUGUGGGAGCAAAUGCCAAUAAUUCGACGUCAAUGAAACGUGAACCGGGUUUGUUAGAUGAAGUAACUAGAGGAUCGGCCAUGAAUUAUCCUUUCUGGCCGGGCGGUUUAGAUGAGCCGGCUAAGGAAAUUAUACGUUUAGAAACACAAGGUUUCGAAAUUGAGGGAGAGUUAUUAACUACUCCUCCGGGUUUUAAGACUGGUUAUGAUUUUAAACUUAAUCCCAAGUACAAGGAAGAGCUUUACAUCCCCAUCAAAGCAGAGGAAAAUGUUAAUUUGCUUAGAAAUCUAGAAGAUGAUUUAGAUGUCCAGGAAUGGCUGAAAAUGACCCAAAAUGAAGAUGCGGAACACAAGUCGGAAUCAAACUGUUUAAAUAGUCAGCCAGCGGAAGAAUUUAAAGAUGUAGAUGAGCAUAUAAUGGCUUCAGAACUGAAACCUGUAUUGGAAAUUUCCAACACCAAAGAAACGAAUUUACGUACAGAAUGGGCCGAAAUGUUGGAUAUUUCACAGCCGAUUACCGAUUUUAAGGAGAAAAUACCCUGUCCUGCCAUGAGCUAUCCCUUUGAGUUGGAUACUUUCCAAAAACAAGCCAUAUUAAAACUAGAGGAAAGGCAAUACGUAUUCGUGGCGGCACAUACUUCGGCUGGCAAAACAGUGGUGGCAGAAUAUGCCAUUGCUUUAUCACAAAGAGAUUUGACACGCACUAUCUACACUUCACCCAUUAAGGCUUUAUCUAAUCAAAAAUAUCGAGACUUCAAAAAGACUUUUAAAGAUGUUGGUCUUAUUACCGGCGAUCUACAAAUUGAUCCCACUGCCACCUGUUUGAUCAUGACCACAGAAAUCCUGAGAUCUCUACUUUAUUGUGGUAGUGAUAUUACACGUGAUUUAGAAUAUGUCAUCUUUGAUGAGGUACACUAUAUUAAUGAUCCAGAUCGUGGUCACGUUUGGGAAGAAGUUAUUAUUCUAUUACCCGAUCAUGUUAAUAUCAUAAUGUUAUCGGCCACUGUGCCAAAUACUAUGGAACUGGCUGAUUGGGUAGGCAGUACUAAAAAACGUAAAGUAUAUGUGAUAAGUACUCUGAAGCGUCCGGUUCCUUUAAUGCAUUAUCUGUAUACCGGAUCUGGUGGCAAGAGUAAAGAUGAUAUUUUUCUGUUGGUCGACGAACAUGGUCGUUUCUUACAGGAUGGCUAUGAUAAGGCGGUCGAGAGGAGAGAGGCAAUGCAAAGUAAAACGAAAAGAAUGGGCGGUGGUACGGGAGCUAAAAAUCAAUCAACCACACCGAAACAGGAUCAGAAUACAUGGAUUGGUUUAAUAGAUUUUCUAAAGAGGAAUGAUAAAAUGCCAGUGGUGGCAUUUACAUUGUCGAGAAAUCGUUGUGAUAGAAAUGCUUUGGCUCUCCAAUCUAUUGACUUAAAUACUGCACGUGAGAGAGGUUCUGUAGAAAUGUUCUUCCAACAGUGUUUGUCGAAGCUAAAACCACCAGAUCGCGUCUUGCCCCAGGUUUUAACCAUGAAAGACUCUCUUGGUCGGGGUAUUGGUGUACAUCACAGUGGCAUUUUACCUAUACUAAAAGAGAUUGUGGAAAUGCUCUUUCAAUCUGGUCUGGUGAAACUUCUCUUUGCCACAGAAACAUUUGCUAUGGGCGUUAAUAUGCCAGCACGAACUGUCAUAUUUGAUUCUCAUCGUAAAUUUGAUGGCUUAGAAGUUCGUAAUCUUAAACCGGGCGAAUAUAUACAAAUGGCAGGCCGUGCUGGACGCAGAGGUCACGAUAAGAAUGGUUGCGUUAUUUUAUUGUGCAAAACGAACGUACCCCCGGUACAGGAUUUGCGUUCUAUGAUUUUGGGAAAACCAGAAAAACUAGAAUCACAAUUUAUCUUACGUUAUGCUGUUAUAUUGACCUGUCUACGUAUUGAAAGCAUUAAGGUAGAGGAUAUAAUGAAGUAUUCAUUCAAGGAGUUCAAUCAAAAGUUGCAGUUGCCAGCUCAACAAAAACAAUUGGAAGUGGCCCAAAAUAAGUUCUCACAAAUGCCCGAACUGGGUGAGCAUUUACAGCCUUUAUCAAAGUUUUAUGAUUUGGCCUGGGAGUACAUAACGGAAAAACAAAGACUUAUGAAAUUUUUAAUAGCUCAACCAAAAAUUGUGAAAGAACUUAAAGUAGGCCGCAUUGUAGUGGUAACUAAAGGAAACCACUACAAUAAAGUAGGAGUGGUUUUGUCCAUUAAAGCUGUUGUUGGUAAGGAUGCAGUUUAUCGUGUAUUAGUAUUGGAUCAUCAAUUUAAAACGGAUAACAAGGACGAAUUCCAGCGCGGUGAGAUGUAUUAUAAAAUGGUUGCUCUUACUCCUCAGCAUAAAUUCUUUCACCCAGAAGGUAUUGGAGGUCACAUAAUACUUGAUUUAAAGGCACCCGAUUUUGUAGAAAUUACCAAAUAUUCUAUGAAAAUUGAAGCAGAUAUAAUUAUUCGCAAUUGGGAACAAAGACAAAUUGAACGCUUUAAAGAUUCGCCUCCCGCUAGUACAGUGGUUAAAGUUGUUUCCGAAUUACAUCAAAUAAAUGAAAACUACAUACAAAAUCCUGAUACUUUGAAAUUUAUCAAUAUGUCGAAGGAAAUCAAUGUGAAUGCCGAUACGGAAAUGGCUCAAAUACGUUAUUUGGAACAUGUAUGGCGUCAACUGCAAGAGAUCUUACCGCAUACUAACAUUGCAGGCUUCGAACAAGAAUUUGCCACUGUCUACGAGCGUAAAAUACUCGAACAACGUAUUGAAGAACUGAAAUUUAAAAAUUCAACGAAAAAUCUUUCUUUAUAUCCCGACUACUGUAACAAAUUGGAGGUUUUAAGAGCUUUAAAGUAUAUCGAUGAAUUGGAUGAAGUUACUCUCAAGGGUAAAGUUGCCUGUGAAAUGGGACAAAAUGAAUUGCUGAUCACAGAGUUAAUACUUUGUAAUAUGUUUAAUGAUCUGGAGCCAGCCGAAAUAGCUGCCUUAUUGUCUGGUUUAGUGUUUCAAGCUAAAAUUCAGGGUGAACCCGUCAUACCUGAAAAACUGAAAAAGUGUGUCAAAGAAUUCGAAGAAAUCAAUGAUAAUAUAUUGGCUGAAGAGUUGAGACAUCAUGCUGUGGCCGAAUCGGAAGAUCGUUUAAACUUCGGUUUACUUGAGGUAGUUUAUGAAUGGGCUCGCAAUAAGCCGUUUGCUGAAAUAAUGAAACUUACUGAAGUGCAAGAGGGUAUUAUUGUUCGUUGCAUUCAACAAUUGGAUGAGACAUUACGCGAUGUCAAAACAGCCGCUAUACGCAUUGGUAAUCCCGAUUUACAAUCUAAAAUGGAAGAGGCCUCGAAUGCCAUUAAACGUGACAUUGUAUUUACGGCCAGUUUGUAUACAACAUUUUAAAACUCGUUGUUUGCAAAUGGUGGGUAAGUUUAUGUAUUUUUUAUUCAUAAAUAUAAUUAAAAAUUGUAAUUAGAAAUUUCUACACAAAUUGCUCAAAGCAAUAAAUUGUAAUAAUGUUUUUAUAUAAAA